UGUCAAUGUCAAAUGACAUUUUUCAAACGUGCUGAAAACACGACUACUGGGGCGUUGAUAAGUGAUUACUGAUUAUUAUGAAAUUACGAGUUAAAACUACAUAAAAAUAUUUAUCGGCUCCUUGGCCAAGUAGAUUCUCUCCGUGAUACUACAGUUAAUAACGAAAAAACAGUUAAUAAUGAAUUCCUUUUUAAGAAAUAGUAGCGGUAUGUUACGCCGUGUUUUCAGUACUUCUUCUGUGAGACAGUGUGCUGUGCCUCCUAAGAAAAAGCCGAAGACUUUUAUAGGUCCUAUAACAUGGAAGUCAAUGGCUGGUACGGCUCUCGUGGGUGGCGGUCUCACAGCAUUUAUGUUGUAUGUGAGAAAAGAAAAACAAGAAGCAUUAGACCGGGAAAGGAAAAGACAGCUUGGUAAAGCGAAAAUAGGAGGUUCCUUUGAAUUAGUAGACCCAGAGGGCAAAUUAAUUAAGAGUAAAGAUUUCUUAGGUAAAUGGAUGCUGAUCUAUUUUGGUUUCACACACUGUCCCGACAUCUGUCCAGAUGAACUUGAAAAACUUGCAGAAGUUGUAAACAUGCACGAUAAAACUCCUGGAUCACCACCUCUGCAGCCUGUGUUCAUAUCUGUUGACCCACAGAGAGAUACACCUGAGAUUGUUGGAAAGUAUUGCAAGGAGUUUUCGCCACGUCUUUUAGGACUCACAGGAACAAAGGAACAAGUUGCACAAGCCUGCAAAUCGUACAGAGUGUACUUCAGUGCGGGACCUCAAGAUGUAGACAAUGAUUACAUUGUUGACCACACAAUUAUAAUAUACCUUGUUGACCCUGACGGUGAAUUUGUUGAUUAUUACGGACAAAAUAGAAAUGCUAAAGAGAUUCAUGAAUCAAUGCUAGUCAACAUCCAGAAGUAUGAGGUUGCGAAAAAGAAGUCAUGGUUUUAAUUAAGGUGCAUUUAUAUGUAGUGUAACAAUUAGUCCCAAAGUAUUUUAGUAAGAUAAAUUAAAGAUUCUGUUAUAAAAUCAA